AUGAAUUAAUAAUAAAUUAUCAUACAAAGUUUAAAACAAAUCAGAAGAAAUUAUAAAAUAGAUUUGCUAUUCAAAUAUCUUGAAGUCAUUAUUUAUUCUAUUUCCAUAUGCUUUAUUCAGAAAGAUAUUAAGUUAUACAAAUUUUAUUAGAGUUCAUUAUUUGUUUUCAUCUAAGUAAUUUAUUUUUCCUUUAUAACUCAGGGAAUAGCCUUAAAUCAUUAUUACUUAUACAUUGUUUAUAAACACUAAAAAAAAGUCGAAUACUUUGGAUAUAAUUGGCAUGAACCAUUUAGUCGUCUAUAAUCCUUUCAUCCAAAUCAAUUAAGAAAUAGUAUACUAUUUUAUCAUACUAAUUUCUUGAUUUUGAAAAGUGCCAAUUUAGUGUAUUUACAAUAAAAUUAUAUUUAGUUUUGAAAUUUUUCUUUUUCUCUCAACUCCAUAUGAACUUUAUCAAUAUUUAUAAUUACACCCUAAAUCUUAUUCAAAAAUCAUUGUUUUAGAAGUCCUCUUAUACUUUAUUAGAAGAUUUUAUGCUUAUGUAUUUCCCUUUUUUGGUUUUUGUAAAUGUUGUUGUUUAUGUUUCAGAUUUAGAAGAUAUGAUUAAAUUACAUUGUAGAAUUAAAUUUCAAUAAUAAAAAAUAAAUCUAUUUAGUUGGAAGAGAAAACUUGUCCAAAAUCUGAUUUAGAGUGUAUUAUUUGUUAGGAGAAAAUAAUUGAUAAAUAUAUAUUACUUCCUUGUGAUCACUAUUACCAUAAAGAAUGUAUUGAUAACUGGUUUAUACAAAAGCAAACUUGCCCUAUAUGUAGAACCUCUAUUAAUUGA